GCAUUAUCAUUUUAUUGGUGUAAUUUUGUUUAUUAAUAUAAGAAAAUUAGAGUCUUCAUUAAUUUCAGUUUUCAGAAUUAUAAUGCUCAAGACUGAUUAUGGUAUGCUUCAGUUCUGAAAAAAAGUUGACUGGCAACUCUGCAGAGCCUUGGGUAUGAGAAUGUUAGUCUUGAAAAUGGUUGCAUGCAGUGUGUGUGAGGCAGUUGGUGGUGGUGGAACACACUCCACAUGGCUUGGCUCAGUUGUGUUUACUGAAUCUGUCUCAAGUGUGGUCCACUGUCUGGCACAAGCAACUCUGUAGAGACUUCCUUAUUGCCUUCCCCAGUAACCCACUUUCUCAUUUUAAUUUUACCCUUUUAUCAUCAAGCUGAGCAAGUUAUGUAACAUUCAUUUUAAUCACAUUUUUCAAUGUUAAAUAUUCACUUUUGUAUAUUGUAUUUUCACUUUUAAGGGAUAUUUAAUUAAACAUUUUAAUGUUAGAUAUUCACAUAGAUCUAUUUCACAUCUAUCCUUUCAAAAUUUUACUUAACACAGCAAAAUUAGAUUUUCCAUAAAAUAUUGUUUUAAAUCAUGGGAUAGUUUGUUGGUGCAGUAACAAGCAUUAAUACCUUGGCACCGAGGGAAAGCACUAACAUAUAUAGAAUUGUGUGUAGUCAUCACAGAGGGGGUACUGUAACACCUUUGCUCAGUUUAUAUAAAAAAUGGGUAUAGUAAAGGAGAAUAAGGAAGAGGAGAAAAUAGAGAUUGAAAAAGACAGUGAACCAAUGAUAAGCAAAUCAUUGGAGGCCCAGAUAGUGAGUGUACAUUCCAAUGAACUUGAAGUUAUAGUGGAAACUCCUGAGAGUGCACCUUCAGUAUUACCAAAGAAAGUCAAAUUAAAGCAUCAGCAUCAGUUGCACCAGCUGCCACCACAAGAAGUGAACUUACAGCAUAACAGUUGCAGAGAAGCAACAACCACCAUUACUACAACCACCAAUAAAGCAAUGGCAGCAGCCACCACUAUCAUAGGAGGGACAAUAGUAGCAGGCACAACCACCGCCACUACUGAAGGAGGAGUAGCUAUAGAAGCAGCCACAACCACCAAAAGUGGAGGAGGGAGAGGAGAAGCAAUAGUAGCAACUAUGACCACCACCACCACUGAAGAAAGAGCAGUAAUAGCAGCCAUGACUACCACCACUGAGGGUGGAGCAAUAGUAGCAGCCACAACCACCACCACUGAAGGAGAGGCAAUAAGAGCAGCCACAACCCCCUCCACCACCGAAGGAGGAGCAAUAGUAGCAGCCACAACCACCACCACUGAGGUAGAAGCAGUAAUAACAGCCACCACCACCACCACCACUAAAGGAGGAGCAGCAAUAGUAGCAGCCAUGACCACCACUGGAGGAGGAGCAGCAGCCACAACCACACCCACUGCUGAAGGAGCAGCAGCAGCCACAACCACACCCACUACUGAAGGAGCAGCAGCAGCCACAACCACACCCACCACUGAAGGACAAGGAGCAAUAGUAGCAGCCACAACCACCACCACUACCACCAGAGGAGAAGCAGCAGUAGUAGCAGUUACAACCACCAACACUGAAGGAAGACCAGUAGCAUCAGCAGUAACAGGAAGAAAAAAAAGGGCAACAGUAGAAAAACCUACUGUCACCAGAGAAGCAGCAGUAGCAGCAUCAAGAAGAGCAGCAAUAGCAGGAGGAUUUAUAGCUGCCCAAGAAAAAGCAGUAGGAGGAAGAAAAGCAACAGGAGUCACUGCCAGCAGAGAAGUAGCAUCAGCAGCAGUAGGUGGAGAAGCAGGGGCAAGAGCAGUCAUUGGAACAGGAGGGGAGGCAGUAGCAACAGGAGCAGCAGAAGGUCGUAUUGAGGAGGGGGAUGGGUUGUUUGAGGAGCGUUCGUCAGCAUCGGAUGAUGACCAAGUUGCAUCUCUACUUCAAGGUGGGGCAGAGGUAUCAAGUGAUGAAGAAACCAGUCUGUCUAUCAUGACACAAGUUAUGUUACCUUUCCUAGUGGCAGGUCUGGGAAUGGUUGGAGCAGGACUGGUACUUGAUCUUGUUCAGCACUGGGAUGUCUUCAGAGAUGUGAGUGAACUUUUUAUCAUGGUGCCAGCUCUUUUGGGUCUGAAAGGAAACUUGGAAAUGACAUUAGCAUCACGGCUGUCAACUCAUGCUAAUCUUGGUCACCUUGAUAAUAAAGAAGACUGUCUGUCUAUGAUCAUUGGAAACAUGGCACUUAUUCAGUGUCAAGCUAUAGUGGUUGGAUUCCUGGCAUCUGUAGCUGCUGUGGUGAUGGGAUGGAUUCCAGAAGGGCACUUCAAUAUCCUCCAUGCACUGCUUCUCUGUGCUGCUGCUCUCGUCACUGCAUCUCUUGCGUCAUUAAUCCUUAGUACAAUCAUGGUGGGAGUUAUUCUUGCAUCAAGAAAGUGUAGCAUCAACCCUGACAAUGUUGCUACUCCUAUUGCUGCAUCUCUCGGAGAUUUGACAACACUUGGUUUAUUGGCUUGGAUUGCCUCAGUACUGUAUGCUUCAAAAGAGUCUGAUAUAUGGUUGUCCCCAUUGAUUGUUGUUUGUUACCUACUCUCCUUGCCGUUGUGGGUAUGGCUUGCUGCUCGCAACAAGCACACUAGGGAGGUUCUUUACUCAGGAUGGACUCCUGUCAUCUCAGCUAUGAUGAUUUCCAGCAUGGGAGGGCUGAUUUUAGAUUUUACCGUGUCCAACUACAAGGGUAUAGCCGUAUUCCAACCUGUAAUCAACGGUGUGGGUGGAAACCUAGUAGCAGUACAAGCAUCCCGUAUCUCUACUGCUCUCCAUGCUGCAGCUCCAUUAGGCAAGAUGCCAAAGUUUGUGGCUGAAAUUUGCAUUAAUCCCUGUUCUGCAUUCUGUGCUAGGGCUGGUCAUCCUCGAACUGCAAGGGUUCUCUUACUUCUGGUGGUGCCAGGGCAUUUAGUUUUCAUGUACACCAUCUCAUACCUAAAAGCUGGCCACACUUCCCUCACUCCAAUAUUUGUUGUUACAUACCUGCUGGCUGCAUUCUUACAGGUGGCAAUUCUGUUGUAUAUUGCACAUGUAAUGGUUCAUUGGAUGUGGAAAAUGUCUAUUGAUCCAGACAACUCUGCCAUUCCAUACCUGACUGCCCUAGGAGAUCUGUUAGGAACAGGCCUCCUAGCCAUAGCGUUCCAUUUCCUCUUUAUUGUUGGCGAUAGGGAUGCUGAUCUUGGGGACUAACACUGGGGUACAUUGUUAGGGAUUAUUUAUCACAAACUUACUUGUAAAUGUUCAUUAUUGUAUGUGUAUUUUUAUUAUAUUUUAUGUCGACUUAAAAUUCGUGGCAAAUCCAUAAUGAAAAUUUUGUGUGCAGCAUGAAAAAAAUUUUGUAAACAAGGUGCUAGUUUUUUAAGCUUAGUAAUAGUAAAUGUGAAACUGGAAUCUGUAUCACAAGAGGAAGGAUUUGCUAUUUUUUUAAACUCACAGAUCUAGAAAAUUCUUUUAUUAUGCUCUCAUGUACUUACAUAUUUUUCUAAACAUUAAAUUGUUACUGCUAAUAGUAUGCUCAAAAAAUGAGCAUCUUCAUUUGUUGAUGAUGUAUUCUUUAAAGAAAUUUUUAAACUAUAUUUUCACUUAAUUACGUAUUCUUGAAAAAAAAAUAAUAUACAGGUCUCCCUCCGCAUAUUUGGUGGCCAAAUAUAUUGUAGGGAAAUAUAAUAAUAGCAUUUAUGUAGCCUAACAAUACUACUUCCCUAACCAAUUGAAUCAUGAACAGUCAUAAAACACAUGAAAACAUUGUAAAAUAUUGUACUAGUGCCAGCCCUUUGGUAAAGAAGGUGAGAAAGACUAUAGAAUUCAAGAAAGAACUCAUAGCAGAGUACCAAAGUGGAGGAGGAAGAGAGGGGGGGAGAAUGUGCCUUCUUCAGUGGUUCUACGAUACAUAUGAUACUAAAGCAGCACGAGUCAAUAAAGGCUAUAGCGCCAGCCAGCGAUAAAGUGUAGCAUUAACAGUGUAGCAAGUAAGUUACGCGAUUAAUUGAUAGAAAAAGGACAGCACGAACCUAACUCCUCCAGUGUUGUUCGAGUUAUAUAGGGCGACUGACAACACCACCGUCUCUAGUCUCGACUGCCUCCACCACCAGUGGCCCUUAUACACCCAACAACACCAACACAACUACACUUGUGACAUACUUAAUGACGUAUUUUAUUCAUUCUAGAGUAUGUCACAUUUCUAUGUUAUUAAUAUUGUUUAUUAUGUCAUAUUAGAUGAAUUGUGAUAGAUAAGCUGUAGAGUUGAUAUUACUGUAGUGUCAUAUUUAAGGACUUAUCUUGUCCUGUCUCCAAACAAACUCUGCCACCGCCACAAUUCCUAACAUACGUAAUGACAUAUUUUAAAUAUGAUUGGGCUGCUGGGAAUUCACAAAUGUUCAAAACCUGUGAAAGUGGAAAACACGAAUGUUGAGGGAGACCUGUAUAUUCAUUUUAUUUCUCAAUUACAAAUGAGGUAUUAUAAUAAUAAUAAUAACAGGUAGCCUGAAAUUUCUGCAUUCUCACAUCAUCAUUACUGCUUACACACACACACACACACACACACACACACACACACACACACACACACACACACACACACACACACACACACACACACACACACACACACACACACACACACACACACACACACACACACACACACACACACACAACACA